GCUCCCUCAGCGUGUUUGUGAGGCCGCGCGGGGGAAUCUCCGCACCAUUUGAGGGUGCUCGAUAAAACUCCGGGGGGCAGGAAGGAGGUGAUCACUGUGCGUGUUUGGCUCUUGAUAAGGGCAGGGAGGGCCUGAAAGCUGCGUGGAAGCCAUGGCCUGGGAGUGGGUCUGAGGUAUUGGGGUGCACAGGGGUACCCCUCGUCGCCAUGGGGAGCACUCGGCAGCCUUCAGGGUGAGCUCUGCAGCGUCUGGGUGAGCCCUGCAUCACGAUGCUGCUCAUACCGGCCUUCAGGUGACUCCUCUUGGCAGGUGCUCAGAGCUGGACCUCAGGCAUUCGAGGCUCCCCAGGUGGGUGAGUCACCCGAGGCAUUCAGCACCGUGAUCCCCUGCUGGCUGUGCAGGAUAGACUGCGGAACCGUGCUCCUGCUCCAGGAAAGAUCUUUGAUCCCCAACUGAAUCAUCGCCGACUUGAUUCAAGAUGCCACCGGCCAUUGGAGGCCCUGCAGGAUACACUCCUCCUGAAGGAGGAUGGGGAUGGGCUGUGGUUGUCGGAGCCUUCAUUUCCAUUGGUUUUUCCUAUGCCUUCCCCAAAUCUAUCACAGUGUUCUUCAAAGAGAUUGAGGUCAUCUUCAAUGCCUCCAGCAGCAAAGUGUCCUGGAUCUCCUCCAUCAUGCUGGCUGUUAUGUAUGCAGGAGGUCCCAUCAGCAGCAUCCUGGUGAACAAGUAUGGCAGCCGGCCCAUCAUGAUUGUAGGUGGCUGCCUUUCCGGCUGUGGGCUGAUUGCAGCCUCCUUCUGCAACACGGUGGAGGAGCUCUACUUCUGUGUUGGGGUGAUAGGGGGUCUUGGACUUGCCUUCAACCUGAACCCUGCCUUAACCAUGAUUGGCAAGUACUUCUUUAAGAAGCGUCCACUGGCCAAUGGGCUGGCAAUGGCAGGCAGCCCUGUCUUCCUGUCUACCCUAGCACCCAUCAACCAGCUCUUCUUUGGCAUAUUUGGCUGGCGUGGCAGCUUCCUCAUCCUGGGUGGCCUCCUGCUGAACUGCUGCGUGGCUGGAUCCCUGAUGCGGCCCAUAGGUCCCAAGCCAGAUCAGAAGAAAGAGACCAAUAAGGAAGCGCAGCAGGAGGCUGGGAAAGCGGGGAAAAAGGACGAUGGUGACACCAGCACGGACCUCAUUGAUGGAAAGGCCAAGAAAGAGAAGCGCUCAGUCUUCCAGACAAUCAACAAAUUCUUGGACUUUUCUCUAUUCACACACAGGGGCUUCCUGCUCUAUCUGUCAGGCAAUGUAAUCAUGUUCUUUGGGUUGUUUGCUCCCUUGGUCUUCCUCAGCAAUUAUGCAAAGAGCAAGAAGAUUCCUAGUGACUCUGCAGCCUUCCUGCUCUCCAUACUGGCCUUCGUGGACAUGUUUGCCAGACCUUCCAUGGGGCUGGUGGCAAACACCAAGUGGGUCAGACCCCGCAUCCAAUAUUUCUUUGCCAUUGCUGUUAUUUACAAUGGUGUUUGCCAUCUCUUGCUCCCCAUGUCCACCAGCUAUGCUGGCUUCUGCAUUUAUGCUGGCUUCUUUGGCUAUGCCUUUGGCUGGCUGAGCUCUAUUCUCUUUGAGACCCUGAUGGACCUGGUGGGAGCUCAGCGGUUCUCUAGUGCUGUUGGCCUGGUAACCAUCGUGGAGUGCUGCCCUGUUCUUCUGGGACCCCCUAUGCUAGGGAAACUCAAUGACAUAUAUGGUGACUACAAGUACACAUACUGGGCCUGCGGGGUUGUCCUGAUCAUCUCUGGGAUCUACCUCUUCAUCGGGAUGGGCAUCAACUAUCGCCUGGUGGCCAAGGAGGAGAAAGCAAAGAAGGAAGGGAAAGAGGACGAGACCAACAUUGAUGAGGCUGGGAAGAAGAAAGAGGCAAAAAAUGAUGUAGCCCCCUCACCUCAGAAGAAUGUGGAGGGUGGUGUCAAAGAGGAGGAGAGCCGCAUGUGAGGGACCAGUCGUAAUCCCGGAGUGUCGGGGAAGCGCUGCUGCCCUGGUGUGGUGGCCAGGGCAGAGCUCCGCUGGCGCUGGGGGGCUGUAAGAAGUGUUUAAACCGGGUGUUCAUUUUUAAACAGGCUCUGAAUUGUCUUUCCAUCUGUGUUAAAGGUAACAGGACUACACAUGCAGUAUCCUCGUGUGUCCAGGGGCAGGGGGCUUUUAUAGUCUGGCUUUUUAACAGUAAUAUGAAUGUACUAAUAUGUGCCUUACAGUCUCCAUAUCUAGCUGAAUCUGAACGAGCCUUAACUCUAAACUGUGCUUUAGCUCUGUAUUCUGCUUGGGGUUGGGGGGGGGGGGGGUAUGUGUGUGUUUUGGGAAGUUUUGUUGUUAAAAAGCCAUAAAAAGCAGGAUACUGGAUUUGUUGAAGCACAAUGGGCUUCAGGGCCGGCCCUGGAUGAAUACUGCUUCACACGCUUCUUACUGCAGGUCCUCUGCAGGGGAGAUGCAGGCAUGGGGCAAGGUGCUCCUUAACCCCCAUGCCCAGUGCCUCCUGGCUCUUUAGGUGGUCUUUAGGUAUGUUUUGAAAACACUUUAGCUACUGUAGUUCUUUAAAAUCCCUGUUUUUGUAGCUGUUCUCUCAUGGGAUAUUCAGGUUGAAGAAAGAUGGCUGGGGUUCUUGUUGGGCAGUGUCACCCACUCCAGGGCUGUGGCAGCCCUGCUUGCCCAAGCCUUCCUUGAGGACUGUUGGGAGUCCCCCCUGCCUCCCCACUCUGCCUCAAUAGUGCCUCUUCUUAGCCCAGUGCUGGGUGAUGUGAAAUGGGCUCAGGUUGUGCUGCUGGCAUUCACACUGCUAUUGGCUGUGCUGGCCCAUCCUGCCCGUGGGAUGGGCUUCCACCAGAGCAUCCCAUCCAGCCACGUGUUUUGGGUGCCUGACUUUGGGCAGAGUGGUGAGGUGAGUGGAGAUGGUACAUCCCUGAGACUUCUGCUUUUGCUCUUUUAUCUGUUAGAGAAACCUCUUUUACUUGCUUCUGUUCAACUGAGAUCUUAAGGCGGUGGAUGCUGAACCUCUCACAUCUAGGACACGUAAGGGGGAGGAAAGAAUUUGUACGUAUUUAUUUUUUAUUUUUUAGUGUUGGAAAAUAUCGCAACGUACGUGGAGCAGGUUAAUGGCUCUCAAGUUCUAGUAAUGUUGAUCAGAAUUCAUGUUAAGAGGCUUGAGUUUUUUCAAAUAAACUUGUUUUUUUACAAUUUA